AUGGUAGGCUUGCCAGCAACUCUCACUACAUCCAGCGAGGACUAUCUGCAAAACCCAACGACGAAGUAUGUUGACUCGUUGACAGAAAAUAUCGAGAAUCGAUUCUCGGAGAGUCUUCCCAUAUUGACCGCUUUCCAGAUAUUUGAUCCAAUGGGCGUUCCUGCCAGAUCCGAUGACGCUUUCAAAGAGUAUGGCAUUCCUCAGAUCAAGAUCUUGGCAGAUCAUUUUUAUGAGGAGAAAAAGGUAAAGGAAUUGACGGAAGAAUUAGAGUGUGAAUGGAAAAAAUUUAAGUACAAUUUCCCCAGCAUAUUCUUGAUCCCCCAAAAACAAGAAUUUAACUACCCAGGCUCCGACAGAAUGGGCACUUCAACACAUGUUAUCCUCACGAUCAACGUACCAGCACUUCAUGCCCCUCCUUCUCUGCAUCGCUGA